AAAACAACUUGCAAUGUGUUCUCCACAACCUUCUCUAUAUAUACCCUCUUCUCCAAAUCAUAGACUAUAAAAAGCCCCAAUUUUCUUCGCUCCCAAAAUUGAACGUAAGAACCAAAACUGAAAGAAGCACCAUCACAACAAGAACAAACAAGAGAAGAGAAGAACGCUACUCCAAACUCUCUAACGUCGCUUCCGAUUCAUCGUGUUUUUCAAGGUAGAAUGGCGACGUUUGAACUUUACCGUAGGUCCACGAUUGGAAUGUGUCUCACUGAGACUUUGGAUGAGAUGGUUCAGAAUGGAACUCUUAGUCCUGAGCUUGCUAUUCAGGUUCUCGUUCAGUUUGAUAAGUCUAUGACUGAGGCUCUGGAAACCAAAGUUAAGAGCAAGGUUUCAAUCAAGGGACAUCUCCAUACAUACAGAUUUUGUGAUAAUGUUUGGACCUUCAUCUUACAAGAUGCUUUGUUGAAGAAUGAAGACAGCCAAGAGAAUGUUGGACGGGUUAAAAUCGUGGCAUGUGACUCAAAGUUGCUCAGUCAGUAAGAUGCCCAAAUUCUGUCACGUUGUCAUGAUCUGCUGGUACUAUGGGAAUGGUGGCUACAGCAUAGUGUUGGAUGGCCUUAAUAUUUUGCAUGAACUAGCAUCUACGUUAUGUUACUGUAGUCUUAUAUAAGGCCUUCAAUCUUCAUGUCAUUAGAUAAUUAAUGUUGUAUUAAGAACAUAUCAUAUGGGAAUUGGAUGAAUCUAACCGUAAUUCGUUCUUUUUUCCAUAAGUUGUUAAAUUAAUGUAUGGACUCAAAGGGAGCCAAUCCUUUUCCUUUAUUUAGCUCCAGAAAACUAUAGUUUGAGAGGUUAGCUACCUUCAAAGCUAUGAGCUAUUACUAGAUUCGGUUUUAAGUA